CCGCCCAUCGACUCAGUCCCGGGCUGUAUUAUUACAGAUUAUCAGCUCGGUGACGGAAACUGGAGAAGAAGCUGGACCUGAACUAAAGAAAUGUCAUUGCUGUGUGUUGGAGUGAAGAAAGCCAAGCUCGAUGGACCCCAAGAGAAAUUUAACACAUACGUGACCCUGAAGGUGCAGAAUGUCAAGAGCACGACCAUCGCUGUGCGCGGCGGUCAGCCGUGCUGGGAGCAGGACUUCAUGUUUGAGAUAAACCGCCUGGAACUGGGCCUGACGGUGGAGAUGUGGGAUAAAGGGCUAAUCUGGGACACCAUGGUGGGCACCUUAUGGAUACCAUUGCGCAACAUACGGCAGUCCAAUGAGGAGGGUCCGGGCCAGUGGCUGACUCUGGACUCCAACGCAAUCAUGGCUGAGAAUGAGAUCUGUGGAACCAAAGACCCCACCUUCCACCGGCUGCUGCUCGACACCCGCUUUGAACUGCCUUUAGACAUUCCCGAGGAAGAGGCUCGAUACUGGGCCAAGAAACUUGAACAACUAAAUGCCAUGAGGGAUCAAGAUUUUGCCUAUCACGAAGAACAGGAGCGGCCACUCCAUGCACCGACCACACAGUGCUGUAAUUGGAGUCUGUGGGGAGAGCAGCAAAACGAGGAUCCGGACAGCGCCGUGGACGACCGGGACAGCGACUACCGCAGCGAGACCAGUAACAGCAUUCCGCCCCCCUACUACACCACCUCGCAGCCCAACGCCUCCAUGCACCAGUACCCCAUGAGGAGCCAGCAGUACGGACACUCCGGCAGCGGAGACAUCCACGAGCUGGACUACGACCACCGGGCCGUGAGUCCCACCGACAGCCGUUACGCCUCGUCGGGCGAGUUGAGUCGAGGCAGCUCUCAGCUCAGCGAGGAGUUUGUCGGCGAGGAGCGAGACGCCCUGCGAGGCUCCGAGUUCUACGACGAGAACGACUCCUGCCACUCCUCCGUCAGCUACGGCAAAGAGGGUUCCCCGGUCUGGGACGGCGAAGACCCCCAAGCCGUCUACAGCGACGAUGGAGGCUACCUCAAAGACGGAGGGGAGGAGGGGACGCUGUAUGCCGAGGCGGAGGGCGACUCGUACGGCGAGGGAGGAGAGUACAUCUACGAAGAUGGAGAGGAGGGGCCUUUUGAGGGAGAGGAAGACGUGUAUCCUCUGGACGGCACUCUCAGUGAAGACCAGGAGCCGCCCUACACCCCGACACCCACGAGCACCGCCGCCGCCGCCCCGAUGCCCCCCUCUGACGGCGCGCCCUCCGCCAGGCCGCCGCUGGAGAAGCAGCCGUCGUUGCGUCAUCAGCAGCGGCAGCAUCGGCCGGCCCCCGAUCAGCUCCAGGCCCCCAGCACGGCCCCCACUCUAUCUCCGGCCACGCGGGACGACACGUUGCCCCCGUUCAGCGCAGCAGAAUCCGCCAAGCCCUCGUGCGCACCCGCCCUGCCGCCGGCGCUCUCCGACGCCACAUCGCAAGCCCCGCCUCCGGAUCCGGAGCUCCCGGGGCCCGAGACCGAGCCCGAGGGGUCGCCGGAGGAGCCUCGACCUCCCGAGCGGCCUCCGGCGGCAGAGAGCGAGCCUCCGGUUCCUGAAGAGAGAGCGGAGGAGCCACCUGUUGCAAGCUUCCCGAGGAGGCAAGUCAUGGAACCCGGUCCCGCCAGAGCCAAAGCAAACUGGCUUCGACUUUUCAGCAGAGUACGAAUACAGCUGCAAGAGGCCCGAGGAGAAAGUGUUGGCAUCGCCUCUCUGCUCUUAUCAGCGGGGAUGGGCGGUGCUCUGUACAGCAUCGACAGUAUGCCAGACCUCAGGAAGAGAAAAGCUAUGCCUCUCGUCAGAGAUCUGUCCUUGGUUCAGAACUCCAGGAAGGCUGGCAUCACCUCGGCCCUGACGUCCAGCACCCUGCACAACGAAGAACUGAAGUGCCAUGUUUACAAGAAGACCCUCCAGGCCCUCAUUUACCCCAUCUCCUGCACCACGCCACACAACUUUGAGGUGUGGACAGCCACCACGCCCACGUACUGCUACGAGUGCGAGGGACUGCUGUGGGGGAUCGCCCGCCAGGGCAUGCGCUGCACCGAGUGUGGAGUCAAAUGCCACGAGAAGUGCCAAGAUCUGCUCAACGCCGAUUGUCUGCAAAGAGCAGCGGAGAAGAGCUCCAAACACGGCGCGGAGGACCGAACCCUGAACAUCAUCAUGGUUCUCAAAGACCGCAUGAAGAUCCGCGAGAGGAACAAGCCAGAGAUCUUCGAACUCAUCCAGGAGGUGUUCACCGCCCCCAAGACCACCCACGUCACCCACAUGAAGCAGAUCAAACAGAGCGUGCUCGACGGCACCUCCAAAUGGUCGGCCAAGAUCUGCAUCACAGUGUUGUGUGCCCAGGGUCUACAAGCCAAAGAUAAAACUGGGUCCAGUGAUCCUUACGUCACCGUCCAGGUGGGAAAGACAAAAAAAAGGACCAAGACCAUCUACGGCAACCUCAACCCGGUCUGGGAGGAGACGUUUAACUUUGAAUGUCACAACUCCUCCGACCGCAUCAAGGUGCGCGUGUGGGACGAGGACGACGACAUUAAGUCUCGCGUAAAGCAAAAGUUCAAACGGGAGUCGGACGACUUCCUCGGCCAGACCAUCAUCGAGGUCCGCACUCUGAGCGGAGAGAUGGACGUCUGGUACAAUCUGGACAAGCGUACAGACAAAUCAGCCGUGUCUGGAGCUAUCCGCAUGCACAUUAAUGUAGAGAUCAAGGGAGAGGAGACGGUCGCCCCCUAUCACGUUCAGUACACCUGUUUGCAUGAAAACCUCUUCCACUUUGUGACAGAUAUCCAAAACAACGGGGUGGUGAAGAUCCCCGACGCCAAAGGGGAUGACGCAUGGAAGGUCUACUUUGAGGAGACCCCCCAGGAGAUCGUGGACGAGUUCGCCAUGCGUUACGGAGUGGAGUCCAUCUACCAAGCCAUGACUCACUUUGCCUGCCUGUCAUCGAAGUACAUGUGCCCAGGUGUGCCUGCAGUGAUGAGCACCCUGCUGGCUAACAUCAACGCCCACUACGCUCACACCACCCAGGCCACGAACAACGUCUCUGCCUCAGACCGCUUUGCUGCUUCUAACUUUGGGAAAGAGCGAUUUGUCAAGCUUCUCGACCAGCUCCACAACUCUCUGAGGAUCGACCUGUCUAUGUACCGAAACAACUUCCCGGCCAGCAGUCCUGAGAGGCUGCAGGACCUCAAGUCCACAGUGGACCUCCUCACCAGUAUCACCUUCUUUAGAAUGAAGGUGCAAGAGCUUCAGUCCCCGCCCAGAGCCAGUCAGGUGGUGAAGGACUGCGUCAAAGCGUGCCUCAACUCCACCUACGAGUACAUCUUUAAUAACUGCCACGAGCUGUACAGCCGGGAGUAUCAGACCGACCCGGCUAAACAGGGCGCGGUGCCUCCGGAGGAGCAGGGACCCUCCAUCAGGAAUCUGGAUUUUUGGUCCAAACUCAUCACGCUUAUCGUCUCCAUCAUCGAGGAGGACAAGAACUCCUACACUCCCUGCCUAAACCAGUUUCCCCAGGAGCUCAACGUGGGUAAAAUCAGCGCUGAAGUGAUGUGGAACCUGUUUGCUCAGGAUAUGAAGUAUGCAAUGGAGGAGCAUGAAAGAAACCGCCUGUGCAAGAGUGCAGAUUACAUGAACCUGCACUUCAAGGUCAAGUGGCUGUACAACGAGUACUGCAAAGACCUGCCCUUCUUCAAGAGCCGGGUGCCUGAAUAUCCUGCGUGGUUUGAGCCGUUUGUUAUUCAGUGGCUGGAUGAAAACGAGGAAGUGUCUCGGGACUUUCUGCACGGCGCUUUGGAGAGAGACAAAAAAGAUGGGUACCAGGUGACGUCAGAACAUGCUCUGUUCUCCUGUUCCGUGGUGGACGUGUUCUCCCAGCUCAACCAGAGCUUUGAGAUCAUCAGGAAGCUCGAGUGUCCCGAUCCGCUGAUCGUGGGACACUACAUGAAGCGGUUUGCGAAGACCAUCAGCAAUGUGCUUCUUGCCUACGCCGAUAUCAUAUCCAAGGUGUUUGCCAACUAUGUCACCAUGGAGAAAGUGCCCUGCAUCCUGAUCAACAACAUCCAGCAGCUCAGAGUUCAGCUGGAGAAGAUGUUUGAAGCCAUGGGUGGAAAAGAUCUGUGUGUGGAAGCCAGCGACAUCCUGAAAGACCUGCAGAUCAAGCUCAACAACGUCAUGGAUGAUCUCAGCAGGGUUUUCUCUGUCAGUUUCCAGCCUCACAUAGAGGAGAACGUGAAGCAGAUGGGAGACAUCUUGGCUCAGGUGAAGGGAGCUUCCAACGUGGGGAAUGCCAGCAGCGUUGCCCAGGAUGCCGACAACGUCCUGCAACCCAUCAUGGAGUUCCUGGACAAGAACUUGACUCUGUUUGCUAAGAUCUGUGAGAAGACGGUGCUGAAGCGUGUGUUGAAGGAGCUGUGGAAGCUGGUGAUGAACACCAUGGAGAAGACCAUCGUCCUGCCGCCGCUCACAGACCAAACGGGCACUCAGCUCAUCUUUAACGCCGCCAAGGAGCUGGGGCAGCUGUCCAAGCUGAAGGAGCACAUGGUUCGAGAGGAGGCCAAAGCGCUCAGCCCGAAGCAGUGUGCGGUGAUAGAGCUGGCCCUGGACACCAUCAAGCAAUACUUCCAUGCCGGUGGCGUUGGUCUGAAGAAGACCUUCCUGGAGAAGAGUCCUGACCUCCUGUCUCUCCACUACGCCCUGUCCCUCUACACGCAGGCCACGGACAAACUCGUGAGGACUUUUGUCCAGUCGCAGAAUUCACAAGUGUUCGACGGGAAGGGGGUGAGGUUCACCACUAGUGAGGAUGUUUGCCCAGAAAAGGGCUCUGGUGUGGACGAUGCCGUGGGAGAGGUGUCCAUCCAUGUGGAGAUUUUCACUCACCCCAACACUGGAGAGCACAAGGUCACAGUGAAAGUUGUGGCUGCCAACGACCUGAGGUGGCAGACGCAGGGAAUAUUCCGGCCAUUUGUGGAGGUGUACAUCAUCGGCCCUCAUCUCAGCGAUAAGAAGAGGAAGUACGCCACCAAGUCAAAGAACAACAGCUGGGCCCCCAAAUACAACGAAACCUUCCCUUUCACCCUGAGUAGCGAGGCGGGCCCCGAGUGCUACGAGCUGCAGGUGUGCGUGAAGGACUACUGCUUCGCGCGCGAGGACCGCACCGUGGGCAUGGCGGUGCUGCAGCUGAAGGACAUGGCCUCCAAGGGCAGCGUCGCCUGCUGGCUGCCGCUGGGCAAACGCAUCCACAUGGACGAGACGGGCCUCACCGUGCUGCGCAUCCUCUCCCAGCGCAACAACGACGACGUGGCCAAGGAGUUCGUCAAGCUCAAGUCGGACCAGCGCUCUGCGGAGGAGGGCCGCAGCUAAGAGACGCCAAGGUUUAUUUUUAUUUUUUUAAAGAGGACCCAAUCAGACGCCUACUACUGCCCCCCCCCCCCCCCCCCCCCGACGCUAGUCACUGCCCUGUGUUGUAAAAGCACAAAGACGCCAAAAGCCACCACACAUCCAGUGCUGUAUACACACACACACACACACUCGUUCCAGUCGGGAAGAACACAGCGCGACACUUAAUUUCCUUCAGAAAGCACAAGUGUCUUUAUUGUUCCGGAUAGUGUGAGCCAUCCUUUUGAUGAGCAACACAUAGAGUUUAAUCAUAAAGCAUGUGUUUACUUCCCUCGGUCCGUAGAGGUGAGUCACGCCAUUCAAAACACACACACACACACACGCACACACCUCAUUUGACUGGUUGAGGUGAGAAAUAUCUUGUAGCCUUUUGAUAUUUGUUGGCUUCCUCUCAGAGAAGAGUGCCGAAAGAUAAUCGCCGAAAAAUGCCGAGACCGGCCCAAAGCACAACGGGACCAAGUGUCCAGCUGACCCAUCCACAACAACACAAACAUUCCAGAUAUCGGGCAGGGAACAAAGCACUAUAGAGUUUAAUGUUUACUCCACCGCUCUAUUCCAAAUUCUAUUUAUUUUUUAAAUAAUUCUAAACAUCACAGUAUAUAAUAUAUGAAGGACGUAUGUCAAGAUAUAUCCAGGAUUAUUCGAUGGACGUACUGUCCUUGUCCGUCUUUAUGUCCUCGUCUACCCGGUAACAGAGCACACUGCCUGACACCCACAAUGCCUUCUGUCUCGUUGACCCCCGUUUUGUACGUCUCCUACGCAGCGACUGUAUAGAGAGAUGAAUCUGAUGAAAACACGCCCUCAAGCACUGUGGUUCAUCGGAGUAUACAGGAUGCGUGUGUGUGUGUGUGAGAAUGUCCAGAUGUGAAUGUAUAAUCUGCGUAUUGAGCACAUCUGGAGCUCAUGAUGUGCGAGCGUGUUUGUAAGGCGUUGACCUCAUGUUGACCUCAUGUUGACCUCAUGUUGACCUCACGUAGCCGCCCGUGUUGCCUGCUUCCUGCAAAUGUAAUCACAAAAAGCCAUGGCAAGCAAAGAGCAUCACACAGAGGGGGGAGGGGUUCAGAUUUCAGAGGAUUUUCCAAGUGUCUUUUACUCCAUGGGGAGGAAGCGUCCUCUAUCUUAUGACGGUCGUUUCCGUGUUACUGUAAACAUUCCCAACAGCACCCCUACUGGGUGUGUGUGAGAUGCAUGAUGGGAGAGGAAGAAUACCUUAACUGCCACUUCCUUUUCUUAAAAAAAAAAAAGAGAAAAGUAAUUUGCCAAAUGCAAAACCUGCAUGUAAGGACAUCACAACAACCUGAGAUCGACGUGCUCUCAGGCUAAAUGUCCAAUGUUUGAACCGUCUGGAAUGACUUGAUCUCUGAUAGCGAGAAGAAGUCAGAGCUCUGCUGCAGAUCCAACACGCACCAUGUCGAGGUCUGACAUGUUAAACGAGGGUCUACGGCGUGGGUCUUGCACAGGGUCCUUAAUGCACCCAUAAUAACGCAUUUACACCGAGCAAGGCUUCAAAUCAUUCCACAGGUAAAUUCAUAUCUUCUAGAGUUGAUUUUAUGUGAAACUAAAUGUUUUGUAUUGAUUAUUGCCUGUCCAGCAUGUAAUUCAAAUUAUAUUUUCAUGAAUGCC